CUGUUUUGCGUGGCGAAUGUGUCAAUCCGCCUCCACGGCUAAGCGUUACAGUAAUGGUUGCCCCUUUUGUUCAGCCGAUUUACUAAAUUAUUCCCCACACAAUGAAAUUAUAUGGACGCGAAAUUGUUCCAUGAAAACGUUUCAAUGUACCUAUGCUUUCCGUGGCCUCAUCUGGGACUAUCUAAUGAAUUAAAAUCGAUCUGCAAGCCGUCUGAGCUGCUGUCUGAGGUGUCCGAUGCGCGCAGUUUGCUUGAGGAACGUGCAGUAAUGUAAAGUUAAACCACACCUGGCCCUGAAGAGGCUGCUGGCGAGAUGGGACUAGAUUUUGAUGUGAAGACAUUCUGUCACAAUCUGCGAGCCACCAAGCCGCCGUAUGAGUGCCCUGUGGAGACUUGCCGGAAAGUCUACAGGAGCUUCAGUGGCAUUGAGUAUCACCUGUACCAUUACGACCACGACAAUCCAACCCCUGCUCAGGCCAUGCCCCAGAAGAAGAGAAAAGGACGGCCUCCUCGUGCCUCCCUGGCUGGCUCAGGGGAUACGGAUGAUGGUGGCGGCAAUGGAGGACCUGGUCUUGAAGGGACCACGCCAGGUAGCCCCAACCGGUCAGAGCACUCCCAGUCCCCUGGAAGAGAUGCCAUGACCUAUGCCCAGACGCAGCGCAUGGUGGAACUAGAAAUCCAGGGACGCAUUCACCGCAUUAACAUCUUUGACGACAUUGAUGUGGUUUCAGAGGAAGACAGUGAUGCAGAGGAUGCACCACCGUCGGGAACUGGUAGCUGUGGGGGAGGGGUGUGUAACGGUAGUGACAGUGGAGCCGGAGGCAGCGAAAUAGGAGGAAGCGGUAAAGACCGUUCAGAAAUUCCGUCCUCAAAUGGUGGAAAGGCCACCCCAAAGACUGGGAAGCACAAGAGUAAAGAUAAGAAGAAGGAUGGUUUAUCUCACCAUCACAACCCUCAAUCUGGUCUUGCAGUCAAGCUCCCAGAAGCCGUGUUCAGAGAGCUGGACCAAGAGAGGCCCGAUGCCCCACCCCGGCCUUUAUCCUACUACAGGUAUAUUGAGAAGUCUGUGGAGGAGCUGGAUGAAGAGGUGGAGUAUGACAUGGAUGAGGAGGACUACAUCUGGCUCGGCAUCAUGAAUGACAAACGGCGACGUGACAGCGUGACGCCCAUCCCUCAGGAGGUCUUUGAAUACCUCAUGGACCGCUUAGAGAAGGAGUCCUACUUUGAGAGCCACAACAAGGCAGACCCUAGCACCUUGAUUGACGAGGACGCCGUCUGCUGCAUCUGUAAUGACGGCGAAUGCCAGAAUAGCAAUGUAAUUCUGUUUUGUGACAUGUGUAACUUGGCCGUGCACCAAGAGUGCUACGGGGUGCCCUACAUCCCAGAGGGUCAGUGGUUGUGUCGGCGCUGCCUUCAGUCACCCAGCAGAGCUGUGGACUGUGCUCUGUGUCCUAACAAAGGAGGAGCUUUCAAACAGACAGACGAUGGACGCUGGGCUCAUGUAGUGUGUGCCCUCUGGAUCCCGGAGGUCUGCUUCGCUAACACAGUCUUUUUGGAGCCGAUUGAUAGCAUCGAGCACAUCCCUCCUGCACGCUGGAAGCUCACCUGCUACAUCUGCAAACAGCGCGGCUCAGGCGCCUGCAUCCAGUGUCACAAAGCUAACUGUUACACAGCGUUCCACGUCACCUGCGCUCAGCAGGCGGGGCUCUAUAUGAAGAUGGAGCCUGUCAGGGAGACCGGGGCAAAUGGGACCUCCUUUAGCGUCCGCAAGACGGCAUACUGUGACAUCCACACUCCCCCAGGAUCCGCCCGACCUUUAGGAGGAGUGGGCGGUGCCAGCAUGGGGUCGUCUAACAGCGAAGGGGAGCUGGAGGACGACGAUGAGCCCAGCCUUGGCCAGGACGAAGACUCCAAGGGGUGGAGUUCUGAACGAGCCAAGAGGGCAAAGGCCAAAUCCAGGCUGAAGAUGAAAAGAGCAAGGAAGAUCUUAGCAGAGAGGAGAGCCGCUGCCCCAGUGGUCUCAGUGCCGUGUAUUCCUCCCCACAGGCUCAGCAAAAUCACUAGUAACUUGACGGUACCCAGAAAAGGUCAGUUCAUGCAGAGGCUUCACAGCUACUGGACGUUGAAGAGGCAAAGUCGAAACGGCGUGCCCCUUCUGCGCCGGCUUCAAACCCACCUGCCCUCACAGCGGCACGCAGACCCACUUCCUCCACAGCCCUCAGCACAGCUCCCUCCGAGGGACAGCAAGGAGAAACAGAGCGCUUUAAAAGAGCAGCUGAAGGCAUGGCAGAGACUGAGGCAUGACCUGGAGAGAGCGCGGCUGCUGGUGGAGCUCAUCCGCAAGAGGGAGAAACUCAAGAGGGAGACGAUUAAAGUACAGCAGAUGGCGCUAGAGAUGCAGCUGACUCCCUUUCUGGUGCUUCUGAGGAGUACGCUGGUGCAGCUACAGGAUAGAGACACAAACAACUUUUUCACUGAGCCCGUUCCCCUAGAAGAGGUACCAGACUACCUGGAGCACAUCGACACUCCCAUGGACUUUCAGACGAUGUGGAACCUGCUGGAGUCCCAUCGCUACCUCACGUUUGAGGCCUUCGAGGCCGACUUCGGCCUCAUUGUCAACAACUGUCUCAAGUACAACGCCAAGGACACCGUGUUCUACCGUGCCGCCCUGCGGCUCAGAGAGAUGGGCGCGCUGGUCCUCAGAGCAGCCAGGCGCCAGGCCGAACGGAUUGGCUUCGACUACGAGACGGGUCUGCACCUCCACCGAGACUCGAGCCCAGAAAGUCGGCGAGAACAUGAGAGAGAGAGGGAACGAGAGAGGGAGAGGGAAAGGGAACAAGACAGAGACCAUCAGUUGUCCUCAAAUGAAGAGGACCUGCUUUUGCCAGAGAACCGGCGGCGGCUGCCACUGGACGAGCAGCUGCAUUACCUGCAGGCGCGUCUGGAUGAGGUGAACUCAGGGAAGCACAGUAUUGGUCAGUCCCGCAGAGCUAAGGCCCUGAGAAAGGAAAUCAGCGUGAUAAGGAGGAAGAUUGCACACCAACGAGAAGGAAGCUCCCUCAUGGGAGUCCGGGACUCAGCAGGAGAACGGUGUCCAUCUCUCCCACAUCACUCUUCCUCUGCAGGACAUCACGAUGAGGGCGGCGAGAGCAGCAGCCAGGAGAUCGGUGGGAAGGCUCCAGAGGUUGGCCGUCGGACAUCUGUUCUCUUCUCCAAGAAGAACCCAAAAAUGUCUGGACCUCCCAAAAGGCCAGGACGCCCACCAAAGAACCGGGACCUUAGCUACGGCGGAGCAGGAGUGAGCCAGAGCCCCAUCGGCCCCCCACAGCUACCCAUGUUAUCAGGCAGGCAGAGGAAGAGGCCCCGCAGCCCCCACACCACCUCCAGCUCUGAUAGCGACAGCGACAACGAUGACCUGCUGCCAGGUUUACCAAGCAAUGGUUUUGAUACAGGAAACCAACCAGUAACCGAAAGCUUCCGUGUGUACAGAAAUGAGCCUCGUCUGCCUCGCUCCAGCUCUGACUCUGAGUCCACAACCAGCAGCAGCAGCAGCGCGGCGUCUGACAGAACCAGCACAACACCUUCAAAGCAAGGGAGAGGAAAGGCUUCGUUCUCUCGCUCCACCUUCCACGAGGACAGCAGCGAGGAAACGUCAGGAACAGAAAAUGACUCCUACUCAGUCGGAGGUUCACGGAGCGUCUCACAUUUGGUGCGUAGUCGGGACAGGUCUGGGUGCUGGAUGACGUCUGAUGACUACUCCUCACUGGAAGCACUGGACCUAGUGUGGGCCAAGUGCAGAGGUUAUCCUUCGUAUCCUGCCUUGAUCAUCGAUCCAAAGAUGCCCAGAGAGGGGGUGUUCCACCGCGGCGUCCCGAUACCUGUACCACCUUUGGAUGUGUUAAAACUGGGGGAGCAAAUGACCCAAGAGGCCCGGGAGCACCUGUUCCUUGUCCUUUUCUUUGACAACAAGAGAACCUGGCAGUGGCUGCCGCGCUCCAAGUUGGUACCGCUCGGUGUGGACCAGGAGCUGGACAAGGAGAAGAUGCUGGAGGGCAGGAAGUCCAACAUUCGUAAAUCUGUGUCAGUGGCCUAUCAUCGUGCCAUGCAGCACCGCAGCAAAGUCCAGGGGGAUCCAAGCAGCGAAACCAGUGACAGUGACUGAAUACUAAAACACAGAAAUCUUGCUCUGGGUCUCCCUAGUGUUCAGUUACUCUAACCUUGUAGAGAGCCAGACCUCAUUUCACAAGUAACAAUAAAACAAUAUCAGCAGCAAAAGGUGGGGAGACAGCACACACCCACUAUUUUGUUCCCAUCAUGCACACUAAGCCAUAUUCAAUCAGAUAUGUAAAAAUAUUGUAUUUAAGAAAAAUUUUAAAGUCCUAAUAUUGGUGGGAAAAUAUGUUGAGAGCCGUCAAUUGAAUAAUCAUCACAAGUGUUUUUUAUAUGUUUAAAACUAAAUGAGAUUAUGGUUUACAAAGUCAAAAAGGUAUUAUAGUAUAAUGCAAAUCUUCCCCCAUUGUUUAACACACACACACAGCCUCACAGGUACAUGUAUACAGGGAAAAGCGUGUAUCAUGUACGGUAAACGACACAUGCAUGUAUUAACAUUAAUCAUCCACUACUUCAGAAGUGCAUAAACAGAGACGGGGGCAACCAAGAGUACUGUAACUUAUUCCACAGACUUUUUAUUAACAAGCUCAUUUCUUCAUGAACUACUUCUGAUCACUCCAGCUGCACAAAGCAUUUACUGUGCAGGUUUAUUUUUAUUUUUUUAAACAGUUUUGUUAAUACGUAACGUGUCACACUGACUGUGCAUUCAUAAUGAGAACUAAACUGAAACACCUUUUCCUUAUGUCUGUUUUAGUCUCAGGCUCAUCGCUGUAGAACUUUUAUAUGAAAAUACAGAUUGCAUACAAACUACAGGUUUAAUAAAAUCAUUUUUAAGAAUAA